AGAUAAAUUAAAUUUACAAAAUGUCAUCAGUAAAAGUAGCAGUUCGAGUCAGGCCAUUCAACAACAGAGAAAUAUCAAGAGAAUGCAAAUGUAUUAUACAAAUGAGUGGCAACACCACAGCUAUUACAAACCCAAAAGCAGACCCGAACACAAAAGAUGCUCAAAAAAAUUUUAAUUUUGACUACUCAUAUUGGUCACACGACGAAACCGAUCCUGCUUUCUCGUCUCAACUACUAGUAUACAAAGAUAUAGGCGAAGAAAUGCUUCAGCACUCUUUCGACGGAUAUAACGUUUGUAUAUUCGCUUACGGACAAACAGGCGCAGGAAAAUCUUAUACCAUGAUGGGUAAACAGGAAGACGGUCAAGAAGGGAUCAUACCGCAAAUAUGCCAAGACUUAUUCACCAGGAUACGUAAUAAUAGUUCGCCUGACAUUAAGUAUUCAGUAGAAGUUAGUUAUAUGGAAAUUUAUUGCGAAAGAGUGAGAGAUCUCCUGAAUCCUAAAAAUAAGGGUAAUUUAAGAGUGAGAGAACAUCCUUUACUGGGCCCAUACGUGGAGGACCUUAGCAAGUUGGCUGUGAUGAGUUACCAGGAUAUCCAUGACCUUAUAGAUGAGGGCAACAAGGCCAGAACGGUGGCGGCCACCAAUAUGAAUGAAACUAGUUCGAGGUCGCAUGCGGUGUUUACGAUUUUUUUCACGCAGCAAAGGGUUGACGAAACAACUCAACUAACAACAGAAAAAGUAUCCAAAAUAUCACUGGUAGAUCUUGCGGGUUCCGAAAGGGCUGAUUCUACGGGAGCCAAGGGAACUCGAUUAAAAGAAGGAGCUAACAUUAACAAAAGUUUAACCACACUAGGAAAAGUUAUUUCCGCUUUAGCUGAAAUAGCAUCCAAGAACAAGAAAUCCAAAAAAGCCGAUUUUAUACCAUACAGAGAUUCAGUUCUGACGUGGUUGCUUAGAGAAAAUUUAGGUGGUAACAGUAAGACUGCUAUGAUAGCUGCUAUUUCCCCUGCCGAUAUAAACUACGAUGAAACUUUAUCGACUUUAAGAUACGCAGAUAGAGCCAAACAAAUCGUCUGCAAAGCCAUCGUCAACGAAGACGCAAACGCCAAACUUAUUAGGGAGCUUAAAGAAGAAAUUCAGAAACUACGCGAGCUACUGAAACAGGAGGGAAUAGAUGUAUGCGAAGGAGCAGGUGACAGCAUUCUCACCAAAAACAACAAAGAAAUAGAGCGAAGUCGUUCACAAUCCACUUCUUUAGCUGAAGAAGCCGUAGACCAAUUGCAAGCUAGCGAAAAACUCAUAGCAGAAUUAAAUGAAACAUGGGAAGAAAAAUUAAAGAAGACAGAGGCAAUAAGAAUACAGCGCGAAGCUGUCUUUGCUGAAAUGGGUGUAGCCGUAAAAGAGGAUGGAAAUACAGUGGGUGUAUUCUCUCCUAAGUGUACACCGCAUUUAGUUAAUUUAAAUGAAGAUCCAUUUAUGUCGGAAUGUCUGAUUUACUACAUUAAGGAAGGUUUAACGAGAAUCGGUUCAGAUCAGGCUAAUAUUCCACAGGACAUUCAACUAUGUGGAUCACAUAUUAAACCAGAACACUGCGUUUUUGAAAACAAGGACAAUCGAGUAACAUUGGUUCCUCUCAAUGGAGCACUCAUUUAUGUUAAUGGAAGAGAGGUUUCUGACCCUGUUCAACUGAAAACAGCAUCAAGAGUAAUAUUGGGCAAAAAUCACGUGUUUAGAUUCACACAUCCUGAAGAAGUAAGAGAACUCAGGGAGAAAAAUAUGAUUACUUCAGAACAUGUAGACUGGAACUUCGCACAAAUUGAACUUUUGGAAAAACAAGGUGUGGAUCUCAAGGCAGAAAUGGAGAAAAAGUUAGUUACACUAGAAGAGCAAUAUCGCAAAGAAAAAGAAACGGCGGAUCAACUCUUUGAAGAACAGCGAAAGAAUUACGAAGCUAGAAUAGAUGCCCUACAGAAACAAGUCGAAGAACAAAGUAUGACAAUGUCUAUGUACAGUUCCUACACCCCGGAAGAUUUUAAUAAUGAAGAUGAUAUAUUUGUGAACCCUCUAUUUGACGCAGAGUGCAACUGGACCGAAAAGGAGUUCGAACUCGCUGCUUUGGCUUGGAGGAAAUGGAAACAUCACCAGUUUACUUCUUUGAGGGAUGACCUCUGGGGUAAUGCUAUAUUCUUAAAAGAAGCCAACGCCAUAUCCGUGGAAUUAAAGAAAAAGGUCCAAUUUCAGUUUACCUUACUUACGGACACCUUAUAUUCUCCACUUCCUGCUGAUUUACGACCUAUGAUAGAUUACGACCAAGAUGAAGAUAUUAGUAUACCGAGAACAAUAGUUGCCGUCGAAGUACAAGAUAUCAAAAAUGGCGCUACUCAUUAUUGGUCUUUAGAUAAAUUACGGCAACGUCUUGAGUUAAUGCGCGAAAUGUAUCAUAACGAAGCCGAAAUGUCUCCCACAUCGCCAGACUACAACGUUGAAUCUCUAACUGGCGGAGAUCCGUUUUAUGACAGAUUUCCUUGGUUUAGAAUGGUAGGCAGAGGUUUUGUUUACCUGAGUAAUCUACUGUAUCCCAUUACACUCAUCCAUAAAGUUGCAAUUGUCAGCGAGAAGGGUGAUGUAAGAGGUUAUUUGAAGGUAGCAGUUCAAGCGGUGAUGGAUGAAGAUAAUUCUGAUCAAGUUGGCGUCAGACAGAGUGCCAGAAUAGCAUUCGAAACUACGCCAAAAAAUUACUGUCACAGCUACAAAAUCGUUUGUCGACUACAUAAAAGCCAACCAAUAGUUUUUGAAGUUUUCGGCCAUUAUCAACAGCAUCCAUUGCACAAAGAUGCCAAACUAGAAGGUAGCGUUCGCCAACCGCCAAGAAGAAUGCUGCCACCUUCGAUUCCCAUCUCUCAACCUGUCAGAUCAACUAAAUUCGGUGCUUUGCCAUCUCCUUGCACCGCACACAUUCAUGCCAAGGCUGAUGUGUUAGUCUGGUUUGAAAUUUGUGAGUUGGCACCGAGUGGAGAAUACGUUCCUGUGGUGGUAGAACAUAGCGAUGACUUCCCAUGUAGAGGAUUGUUCUUAUUGCACCAGUUAGAAAAUUGUGGGCGUCCAGCUAUUAUAACAAAAGACCUAAGCAUGGUGAUUUACGGACGAGACGCUAGAACCGGACCUAGAUCUUUAAAACAUCUAUUCUCCGGCAGUUACCGAAAUACUGAAGCUAAUCGAUUAUCCGGAGUCUACGAGCUGCUGUUACGUCGCGCUAGCGAAGCAGGUAGUCCAGGCGUACAAAGACGUCAACGACGAGUACUGGAUACCAGCACCACCUAUGUACGAGGUGAAGAGAACCUUCAUGGUUGGAGACCAAGAGGAGAUUCUUUAAUAUUUGAUCAUCAGUGGGAACUAGAAAAAUUGACACGUUUGGAGGAAGUAGAGAGAGUUAGGCAUACUUUGCUUUUACGAGAACGUCUAGGAUUGGAUAGAACACUAAAUUAUAAUAAGUACCGGUUAGAAUACACUAAGAAUGAAAAAGAAGCGUGUAAUAUGGUCGCUAAGAAUAAUAAUAUAAAUGCUAUAGCGAACAAUGAUACAAAUACGGAAUACUCUGACCGUGAAAGGGAACUACUUCUGAGAUGCGUUAAACUUAUCCAGGGUAGGCACAGAGAUAAUUCAAAUAACGUUAAAGACAACGACGUGACGAGUCCUUCUGAAGAAGUACCUGGAGAAUGUGCUCCAUUCCCUCCUAUGCCCGUUUCACCGCCUGGUCCCAGAGAUCCAGAAUUAGUUUUAUACGUACCAGAUAUGGAAGAAAUAAGAAUUUCUCCUGUUAUAGCUAGGAAAGGAUAUUUAAACGUUUUGGAACAUAAAACGCAGGGUUGGAGAAAGAGAUGGGUGUCUGUGCGCCGUCCCUAUGUAUUCAUCUUUAGAGACGAAAAAGAUCCAGUCGAAAGGGCCUUGAUCAACUUAGCUACAGCUCAAGUAGAGUAUUCCGAAGAUCAGUUAAGCGCGGUUCAUCUACCCAACACCUUUAGCGUAGUAAGUAAGCACAGGGGAUACCUACUUCAAACUUUGCACGAGAAAGAAGUACACGACUGGCUCUACGCUAUCAAUCCGCUUUUAGCCGGCCAAAUUAGGUCGAAAUCGGCUAGGCGCAACCCUCAAAACACCACCAAUGACACCCCUACCACCAAGGAAGUGACGGUUAAUUUAAAAUGAGAUUUAAUCACUAUGGAAUCCGUAUUAGUUUAUUAGUAGCUUUAAUAUAUGUAAGUUAUUUUAUUUUUUUCGACGGGCCAGUCUGAUAUGUGGAGGUCAUAAAUAUGAGGGACACAUUCAUUGAAUAUAUUGUGAUUUAAACAUAAUUUAUUUUAACUUUUAGACAUACUACGCUAUAUUUAACACUAACUUAAGAUUGAGACUAGUAAAUAUAUACUUUAUCUCAAAAAGUAUAUUGGCUAUACGCAAUGUAACCUGAAGUAACUAAAAUUGUCGAUAGGUUCAACUAAACUUAAACUGUACUUAAUCGUAAAGCAUCUAAACAUUGCAAAACGCAAAUUUGCUUUACAACAUGUCAUUAUUAACUAAACCUAACCUAACAUAACCUAACCAGUAGUUUGCUUGAGUAUUUUAGACCAUUCACGUGUCAUUGGAAACCAAUCGAUACAAUCUUAUGAGAGCUUAUUACUCACUCUUCGAAAAUUAAAAUAAAAUAUUGUGGGGUAGAAUGUUUGUGGUCAUUGAUUUGUUGUCGUAUUUAUGCAUAGACUGGCCUUGGAAAUUGUGAUCUGAAGCUAUAAGAGGAACUAAAUGUACCAGUUAUAUCAAUGUUUCCAUUUCUUCAAUGUCAAACUUUAACAAGUCGUAAUUUUUGUCUUGACUGUUGAUUAUUUGUGUAGUUGAAUGGGUGAAAGAGAAUAUUGAAGGUUAAAGUUUUGUUUUUGGUUUAUAUAAUUCAUUAAAGUAACUAUUUUCUUCUUAAUGUUAAACAUUCUAUAUGUUUUCACAAAUUUUAGAGAUAAAUCCGUACAUAACUAUUUUUAAAACCGUACGAAUGUUAAAUAGAUUCACAAAAUUAAGAAAUGUAUAUCAAAUUAAUUAAAUGAUAUUGGUUCAGAGAGGAUUUGAUGUCUAGAGCCGUAAAUGUCAGAAGUGAAUAGUUAGUUUAUGAAGUGAAUAUAAAUAUUGUACUAGGGAUUUUUCAGUAUCUUUCUCAUAGAUGCAAAAUUUGGUUCUUGUAGAAACAAACAGGAUGUCUUAACCUUAAUUAUCUUAAAAAAAAAUAACUAACAACGAAUUUAUUCAUUUGUACGAUUGUAGUUAAAAUAGUCAAGUUUGGGUGUUAGGCAGGGACAUAUCUUUUCCCCUCUCUUUUUUUUACAUCUUAUAAUAUAAAUAGUGAUGAUGAUUGGAAUAUUGGAUACAUCAGCUCAAUAUUCAAGAAAGGGAAUAAACGCAAAUGCUCUAAUCCUUCUAAUAAGAUAUUAGAAGAAGGGCAAAUACUGUAUAUUCCAGUGUAGAUAGAAUUGAAACGAGACAACUAGUGUGGUAUGAACAUGUGAAGCGAAUGAAUGAAGAUAGAUAGCGAAAGAAAGCUUUAAAUUAGGGAAUGCCUUCAGUUGCCUGGGAAGAAAAUGUACGGCACAUAAUAAGAGGAACAUGGAAAUCCCCUGAUAACGAAACCAUUAACCAGAUAGAUCACAUCCUGAUAGAUGCAAGGCACUCUUCCGAUCUCAUAGACGUCAGAAGCUACCGAGGCCCAAACAUUGACAGUGACCACUUUCUUGUAAUGGCAAAAAUCAGAGGAAGAAUAUCAAACCUAAAGAAAGAUAAACACACGAAACAAGACAGAAUUAAUGUUGAUAAUCUGCGCAUUGAAACCGUUGCGAGAGAGUAUAGGAGACAAAUGGACGAAGAAAUGGAGAACCUGGAGGUGGGGAAAACGUAGAGGAACUGUGGACAAAAUGUAAAAACAUAAUAACUGAGAAAGCAACAAAAAAUAUUGGGGAAAACCAAACCAGUUAAAGAAAACGAAUGGUUUGACAAGGAGUGCCAAGAAGCAACAGAUAACAAAAACAGGGCAUACCUAAAGACAAAUCAAGCUGGAUGCACAAGAAGAGCAAAGGAAGAAUACCGGACACU